CAUAAGCAAUCUGCUGAACACCGUACGUACGUCACAGCAAUUGUAGAAAAGUAUUGAAUAUUACAGUGCUUCUUCUCGCACGUACUUUUCAUUACCAGUUCGAAUAUCGUUGUAACGAUGGCGUCGCGCAGAAUUGCUCAAUCUAGCGUCAACUGGGCUUCCUUGGCUGAAAGAGUUCCGUCUGCCCAAAAAACUAACCUAACAGCUUUUAAGUCGACGAGCGACAAGUAUCUGCGAAGUGUGUUGGCCAAUCCGGAAACCCCACCGAAGAUUGAUUGGGCAUUCUACCAGAAAAAUGUUCCAAUUGCUGGAAUGGUUGAUAAGUUCCAGAAGGCAUAUGAAGCCUUACAGAUCCCAUAUCCGUCUGACACCUUAACCUCACAGAUAGAGGCCCAGGAAAAGCAAGUUCGCGACGAGAUAGCAAUAUUCGUCAAAGAAUCGGAGAGUCGCAUCGCUGAACAUCAGACGCAAAUGGCACAAAUCAAGUCUCUGCUUCCAUUUAAUCAAAUGACCAUGGAAGACUAUCGUGAUGCGUUCCCUGAUCAAGCUUUGGAUACUGUUAAUCGCCCUACUUACUGGCCACAUACACCUGAGGAUCAAAAAGUAGAUGUCCCAGACAAACCGCACCAUUGAAGAAAUUUUCGGAUGCAAAACUAAUAAGUUUGCUAAUUAGAAAAUCGAGUUGAAAAUUUAAUAAACUAUGAAAGCUAUCA